CCAACAGCCCUGUAAACACAACCACCAAGGGGCUCCCUUAGAUGCUCAUGUUACGCUAAUUUUGAAGGGUUUUUGGUUUCCUCCUCCUAGGCUACUUCUGAGACUGGCCUGGUUCACACACCAUAUUGAACCAGUUAAACUAUGGUUUAAUAUGGACAAGCAGAUGUGCAAUUGCAGGCACUUCAUCCCUCCCCUACUGCCAAGGGAAGAAACAAGCCAUAAUCUGGCUUGUCAUAACAUGGAACCUGGGCUUAUGAUUUGUUUCUCUUAGAACAAACCACAAGUGGAAGUGAAUGUAUGUUUACUGAGUAACAAGCCAUGCAAUGUUUUUUUCUGCCUUCCCAGUAGAGGAAUAGCAAUAGUAGGGGAGGAACGAAGUGCUGCAAUUCCAGCAGCCUGCACUAGCAUGAUUUAUUUUUACUAUGGCAGAGGUUCUGCCCUCAGAGCCCCACUUGAAAUGGCGCAACGUCUUCUCAAAGGGUUCAGUGGUGUUGCAAGGCCAACUCCCCACCCACAAAGUGAUUGUAAGUGUUCUUUUAGGCAGGGAGCGGGGAAGCAAACUCCUUGAGGCUGCUGCUGUUUUUCAUCCUUUGCCGGCCAAUUGAUGGAGCCAAGCUGGGCUGGCUCAGUCGGUAGCGCAUGAGACUCUUAAUCUCAGGGUCCUGGGUUCGAGCCCCAUGUUGGGCAAAAAUAUCCCUGCAUCCCAGUGGGUUGGACUAGAUGACUCACGGUCCCUUCCAACUCUACAAGUUAGGAUUAUGCUGAACUGAACGGAGUUUUGUUGUUGUUGUUUAGUCGUUUAGUCGUGUCCGACUCUUCGUGACCCCAUGGACCAGAGCACGCCAGGCACUCCUGUCUUCCACUGCCUCCCGCAGUUCAGUCAAACUCAUGCUGGUAGCUUCGAGAACACUGUCCAACCAUAUUGUCCUCUGUCAUCCCCUUCUCCUUGUGCCCUCCAUCUUUCCCAACAUCAGGGUCUUUUCCAGGGAGUCUUCUCUUCUCAUGUGGCCAAAGUAUCAGCUUCAGGAUCUGUCCUUCCAGUGAGCACUCGGGGCUGAUUUCCUUCAGAAUGGAUAGGUUUGAUCUUCUUGCAGUCCAUGGGACUCUCAAGAGUCUCCUCCAGCACCAUAAUUCAAAAGCAUCAAUUCUUCGGCGAUCAGCCUUCUUUAUGGUCCAGCUCUCAUUUCCAUACAUCACUACUGGGAAAACCAUAGCUUUAACUAUACGGACCUUUGUUGGCAAGGUGAUGUCUCUGCUUUUUAAGAUGCUGUUUAGGUUUGUCAUUGCUUUUCUCUCAAGAACGGAGUUUACUCCCGUGUAAUUGGGGAUAGGACGGCACCCUUCUUCUCAACACCCGCGUCCACAUUAGAGGAGAACUGCCGAGAACAUCAAGCUCAGCCCCUAGCACCAAUAAACUACAUCUCCCAGAAUGCCACAGCGGACGAGCGGGAUCCCAUAGGGGAGCGCAAUGUGACGCACGCAAGCUGCAAGCCGUGAUCCUCCUGCGAGAGAGCCGCAUAUCCCGCGCCUGCCCUUCUCCGGCCUCAUCCACUUGCUCUUCAGCGGGGCGGCAGGGUAGCGGGGCAACCCGGAACGCGAGCAGAAAUUUGAGCCUGCCGGCUCGCCGUCGUCCGCGGGCGGCCAUCUUGUGUGCGGUUGUGGUACCACCAGCAGGAGCAGCAGCAGCAGCAGCAGCUGAUCGCCGGCUCCAGGCCUUUCUCCUCCGGUGGGUUGCUGCCGCGGUUGUGUGGAAGCCAUGUCUGCGGAGAGCCCGGAGCCCGCUUCGGCGGAGGAGCAGAAGGUGAGGCGUUGCUGCCGGGCCUGAGGCGGUGCGAGAGGGAAGGAGAGCUCUCAGGCGCCAUGUCCGGAGCCGGCGGAGGCAGCUUAGGCCGCGACUUGGCUGAGGGGGAAAGUUUAGUCAGGGGAGUCUCCCCUCACACACCGGCUUGCCUUCCUCUCUCGACCCAAAUUCUUUUAUCGGGGGCUUAGGGGGACGGUUCCUGAGAGAAGCUUUCGUCCACCUCAGCCGCCUGGCGCGCGCGCGCGUUAUAUGGCGCAAAGUCUAGGGAAAGGCCUCUCUGUGUAUGUCUAUGUAUGUGUGCUGCUAGUUGCCGUGGGGGAUGCGAGUGUGGGUAUCCCUGCUGUCGCCUCAAGAGCCUCCCUUUCCGCUCCUCGCAGGCGAGUUUCCCUCCUUCGUGGAGGAACGGCCGCAGCAGGAGCCACAAAACUUUGCGCUGGGCGGGCGAAAGCUGCGGGCGCCGCCGAGGCGUUUUGUUCCGCAGCGCGUGGGGUGGCGGCGCCACUUUCCCCUCACGUCUUGUUGUUAUUAUGAUUACUACUGCUAUUAUUAUUUAUUUAUUCUUUCCCUUGGUCCGCGGGGAGUGUGCUUUCCCAACGCCGGCGAGAUAGGGCGGGCUGAUGAGGCCUCCGGGUCGCCUUGCCCCAUUCGCUGCCUCGAACUUGCAGGGAGGGAGCCCGGGGUGGGCGUGCCCGCCGCCGAGGGCGCAAGCGCCUCCUUGGGCCCGUAUUGUCUGGUUUGCAGCAAGCCGGGGAAAGCGCGGCGUGAGUGUGACGACAUCGGCCCCUCAUCACGCUCGCUCGCUCCCCCGCAACGUGCAGCGUGGAGGCCGCGUACGCGGCUCGUGAGCCCCCUUAGCCCGCCUCGCUUCGAGGUAUUAUUUUUAUGCCCUUGAGUGUAAAUCUUAGUUUUUUGUUAAUUGCCAGCAUUCUGUUUCAUAUAUACCAGUGAUGGCCAAACUUGGGUCUCCAGCUGUUUUGGGUCUACAAUUCCCAUCAUCUCUCACCACUGGUCCUGUUAGCUAGGGAUGAUGGGAGUUGUAGUCCAACAACAGCUGGAGGGCCAAGUUUGGCCAUUACUGGUAUAUACAAAAGAGGCAGGCUUUGAUGCUGCUUUAGUGCAGUAAAGAAGCUGUAAUGGACUGAUUUUAUGCUUCAGUGUUCCAAACUCCAGCUGUUUUUGGACUACAAUUUCCAUCAUCCCUGACCACUGGUCCUGCUAGCUAGGGAUGGUGGGAGUUGUAGUCCCCAAAAAACAGUUGGAUUGCCAGGGUUGGGAAACACUGCUUUAGCCUAUAAAGAACAAAAAUUAGGGUCAAUAUGCCAUUUCUACUCAGGCAUACCUGGGAGUAGACAGAAUUAAACUUGGUGUGAUUUUCUGAGGAAAUAUGCGUAGGAUUGGGCUGAAAGUGCAUUGGAGGGGGGAGACGACGUAACUCCCUGUAUUUUUUUUUGUUCUGAACUGGCCUGCAGUGAAGAAGUCUUACCAUGGGAUAUAAAGUUGUUUGUUGGUCUGGGUUCUUUUUAAGAGUUAUGUAUUAAAAGUCUAAAACAAUUAACUGUUUUUGCAUUUUGUUUACUGACUUUUAAUAAAAACAGUAUCUUCACACAUGCAACUUGAAGAUACUUUAACCCAGGCUUCCUCAAACUCAGCCCUCCAAUGGUCAGGAAUUAUGGGAAUUUUUAGUCUCAAAACAUCUGGAGGGCCGAGUUUAAGGAAGCCUGCUUUAACCCAAUAAAUCAGUGGAUUCUAAGCACACCUUCAUGGUUUGGAUUGUGUCCUUAUUAUGCCAUGUGUUCAUAUUAGCACCAUUUAUAUUACAGGAGGUCAUUAUCAGAGUGAAGCUUUGGAACUUAAUUGAAAACUACUGUCCAGCAUCUGUUUGUUAUCUGAGGGGGCAGCACAUGGAUAUUCUGAUGCUUUUCUGUUACUGGCCACAUAAUCCCAGGUUGUGGCUCAUGUUGAUUCCUCAAAUAGCAGACAAUAAAUGUAGGCUGGGUGCAAAUAACUUGUGACCUACAAAGCUGUAUUAUAGCUUGUUUGACAACCCCUAUGUUUGCAGACCAAGGUUAUUGUACCUCUCGUAGGCUGCAGAAGAGCUACAUGCGUGUCAGUGGAAGGGCUAUUAGCCGGGUUCUGAGUCCACUUGCAGUGCCUUUUACUCUUUCUCUGGAGUGAGGGAAGAGGCAAAGUAUUAUUGAAAUACUGAACCUUUGUGUGUGGUUGUAAUUGUCUGUAAGCUGCUUUGAGAACCAUUCUUGACUGAGAAAUGGGGUAUACAUCUUUUGAAGGGUUAUUCAGCUGGGUGGAUCACAAAAUAUACAGGUCUAACCUCUAGGUGUUCAUGCAUUUUUACCCAACUCAAAAGGUAGCAGUGUACAUAUUUUUGUAAAAUGGGCAGUAACCCUGGUAUUACUCAGUUAGUGAAAACAGUUAUUAAGUGUGGUAUAUAUUGGAUGUGAAAAUUGAUAGGGCUAAUCACAUCCUAUAUUGCUGGUGGGGGGAUUAGCCAAUAAAAGUUGAAUAUUUAAAGAUGGGCAUUUUGUGAAAUUGCAAGAUGAUUCAAAGGAAGGCAUAAGUAAUGUAGUAGAAAUACUAAUUCCUUGUGUUUUCAGGAAAUGGAAGACAAGGUGAUUAGUCCUGAGAAAGCUGAAGAAGCAAAGUUGAAGGCCAGAUAUCCUCAUCUGGGACAAAAGCCUGGGGGCUCAGAUUUCUUGAGAAAGCGGCUCCAGAAAGGAGUGAGUAAGCUUGAACCAUGUGUAGUUAGUCUGUCUAAGCAAGUAAAGCCUUGUAAUCUGUCUGCUUGCAAUGAUGCCAGUUUUGCUCAUAUGGAUGAGAAGUUUGCUUUGAAACCAACACCUCAAUCAUACUUUCUGGGCAGUAAAGGCCUAUCGAUUUCAGUUGUGCUUCAGUGAAAGCAUACUUCACUUCAUAUCAGAGCCCACAAACGGUGCAUGGUGCUUUCUAAAUUGACAUUUUCCCUCCAAUCUCUGUGUGUUUUUAAAAGUAGGCAUUCUUCACACUUUGCUUAAAAGAGCUGUGAAAAUACGUUGCGUGAAUUACUUGUUUCUUCAAGAACACACAGUUUAAUAAAAAGCAAAUGUAACUGUUGAUCCAGAAGAAAAUAAAAACCAGCAUCCAAGGUUGGGCAGUACCAUUAUUGGGACCAAGGCAUCUCUGCCUUGGUUCGCCUCAGUCCCCACCAUUGACACUUACCCUUGGGCUGUACCUGGCAGUGCCUUGUGUUCUCCCUCUACAUGUGAGGUGUGCAAGGCAGCAUUAACCCUCACAAACCUGCAGCGGCAGAUCAGGCAUCCAGCAAACAGCCUCUUUACAUUGGAGCUUGUUUUGGUGUUGCAAGCCAGCUGAUUUGCAGGGCAGGGCAUCAGCAAAAGAGUCAUGUAUUUUAGUGCAAGCUGCCCAGCAAGCAUCACAGCAGUGCCAGCCAGCCAAGAUGGAAAUGUUAGGCGCCAAAUGUGGCCACCAGACAUCUCCACUUGCUCACAAAAGGCCAGAUGCCAGUUGCGAAAUGUGACUGGUGCCUACUUAGUUUCAAACACUGAGUUACAUUAACUUGAAAACUAAAAUUGGUCCAUUGGUACAGAUUCUCCUUUAGUUUUAAAGACUUAAUAAGGCUUUAGGGAACACAGAGUAUUUUGUGGCCUACUUGGUUGUGAAGGUGGGGAUUGUUAAACUGGAACAGUGAAAGCAUACAUGCUCAAGUGUUCACAUACUCCAUAUUAGUGAUCAUUUAUUUAAAUCAUAUAUGAACUUUUUGUCCUGUCCCUCCGCAAAAAAAUAAACAGGCAUAAAGCAAAUGUCUAAAGCAAAUAUUUAUAAACCACAAAUGGGCAGCAGUACUAAAAGUGACAUUAAUAUUGUGGUGGACAAUGCCUUAGCAAUACUGUGAAUUUUUUAAAAGGCUUUCUGAAAUUAGAACAUUAUACAGCAUUUUUCAAAAGGUCUGGCAAGUACUCUUGUUUUCCAUCACCAAGAAAUUUACUACACAGCAUAACAACCCCUUAAGAUUAGAUUGUAUUUAACUUGCUGCAGGAUAACCUUUCAGAUGAGAGGGACCUCUUUAUGCAUCUUUUCACGUGAAACUGAAAUAACCGCCAAGGCCUCGACUAGUAACUCAGUAGUUCUGAAAGUUAUUUCCAACAUUUCAUGAUUGUAUUGAGAGUUGCCUGCAGAGUCCUGCUUUUAUCAAGUAACCAAGUUUUGAAGGGGAGUAUAGCUGCUAUAUCCAGAGUGUUAUGGAAGUGGCUUUUACCUAUACAAUAUAGUAUACACCAGAAUAGUUUUUUAACUUUAUAACCAUCACUGGCGCCAGCUAGUGUUUAAGCCACUGUCUGGUAAUGACAAAUGGGGAUUUCACUGGGGGUAUUAAUCUGAGGUGUGAAUAUAUUUUUCUGUGCGCUAAUUCUUCAACUUUAUAUUUUUUGUACCUGAACACAUUGCAAUUAAGAAAAUAUGCCAUAUAGAACUUUAUGAAGACUGGGAAUAGAUAGAAACAUUUGAGUAAGCAAUUAAACAGUGCCAACUUCCUUUCACCCAGUUUAUACAAAUAAGAACAUAAUUAUUCACAUUUGGUUGAAAGCAAAUAUUAAACAGAGCAAAGUUUGAAAAAAAUUAACAGAAAAUAAACCAAAUAUGUUUUCUAAAAUAUAUUGGAUUAUAUCUAAUUUAAAAUGAGCUGAAGAUAAUAAAUCAUGGUAGAACCAUGAUAGAACCAAGAAAUGCAAUGUAACAUUCCAGUGAGCUUAGUGUCUGAGCAGGAAUUCAAAACUUCAUCUCUCUGGUUCACAAAUGGGGAGCCUGCGACCCUCUGGACUCCAGCUAUCAUUAGCCUCAGUAAGCAUGGCCAAUCGUCAGGGACCUGUAGUCUAGAAACAUACUUGCUGUAGUCAUAUCUCAACACUAACACCUUCACCACCAGGACUGUCUGAAAUAUAAACAAAUGGUUUCCUAAACAAAUACCGUAGAUUCCGGCAUAGAAGACGACUUGUUAACCCCAGAAAAGAGGUUAAAAAGCCGGGGGUCAUCUUAUACGCUGGGUAUGGGCGGCGCAGAGCAGAGCCCGCCCGCCCCCCUGCAGCGGCAGUGGGCUCUGCUCCGCGCCGGGCAGCUUUCUCUCGGCUCAGAGCUCCCCAGCGUAUUAGGCAACUGGGCUUAUAAGACGAACCCCCAAAUUGCAGCUGCCAAUUUGGGGGGCCAUCUAAUACGCCCAGUCGCCUAAUAUGCCGGAAUCUACAGUAGUAUAAUCUGUCUUAAAAGUGUGGACGUGCCAAUUAAGAGAAGCCUGUUUUGUAAUGCUUUACACCUUUACUAAUAGAUAAUAAUUCCACUUGUUGAUGGCAAGAAAAUGCUAGCAAUAAAAGUAACCCAUAAUCUUCUUUGAAUAUUAUUUCUAUUUAUAAUUCUGCAAGGCUGAAAUAGUUUUAUUCAGACUUUGCUCUGUUCGUUCAUAGGUGCUAAUUACUCACAUGGCUGCAAUAUAAAGACGCCUGUUUUGUUCAUUAAGAUAAAUAACAUGCUAUAAGCAAGAUUCUUAAACUUCCCUAGCCUUUACAUAUCUGGUUUUAGACUAACAGGCUACAUUUGAUGGGUCAUAACUAUUUGAUCAGGUAUAAGUUUCGUUUUUUUGUCUCAUCUUAUAUAAAACCUGCUUGAGGGUUUCUCACAGGCAUCUUAUUGACCACUGCGAGAACAGGAUGCUGCACUAGAUGGCCUUACAGUAAGCCCAGAAUGUCGCACAGUUAGGCGAUUCUUGGGGAAAGUAGUAUAUUUAGUGUGUGUUUCUGUUGUACUUAAUUCACCGAUUCUUUCUUGCCUUACAGCAAAAGUACUUUGAUUCUGGGGAUUACAAUAUGGCUAAAGCAAAAAUGAAGAAUAAGCAACUCCCUACUGCAGCUCCUGAUAAGACCGAAGUCACAGGUGACCACAUUCCCACUCCACAGGACCUUCCACAGCGGAAACCCUCUCUUGUUGCUAGCAAGCUGGCUGGCUGACUAGAUGGCAGAACUGCAUGAAUCUUCUCAUUCCCUUAAUAUUUCCUUAAUAGUUACUUCUCACAUUUUUUGUUUCCACUAAGUCAUUGACUGACCGCUUUGCAGGUAGUGGUAGCUUGUGCUGCUAUUGUAAGAGAGUCCUGUUAAGAAUUAAGUUGUGUAGUCCAUGGAAGAAUUGAGAACAAUGCACUGAUUUUAAAAAAGGACACGUUUUGUUAGAGCAAUGUAAAGUAAUCUACUUGAAAAAUGUACAUAUUACCUAUUUGCUAGUGUAGGGCUGGUUCCAGCAAGUGACAUAGCAGGUUUGACAAUUUUUUUAUGUUUCUGCUUUCUUUAGUUCACCUUAGUUACAGCAUAGUAUGUUUCUAUUGAAUACAACCACCUGUUGUGUUUCUUGUGUUUGGUUUUGUAAACUAGAGGUUUUAGACCGCAAGUUGCUAGAAGGUAAAGCAUGUAUUUAAAAAAAAAAAAAAAGAAGGGGCUCUGACUUAAUUUGUGUAUCUGCUCUUGAACUUGAAUGGCCUUAAACCUACUUCAGCUUUAACAAUAGAUUUUUUACUUGGGCAAUAUUUGCUCAUUUUGGUGUAAUUCUUGUAAAACUCGUGCUUAUCGACAACUGCCUGUUGAAGCUGGUAUUCCUUUUGGUCCUGUAGUGUAGAACACAUUUUUGAAGUGAAUGAAGUGUGCAUGUGCAUAGACUGAAUUCACUUUUGUGCCAUUUCUGUAAAUAAGAUGGUUUUGCACAACUUUUGCAAAUAUCUGUUAACUUUACAUUUUAAAAAAAUGUGCCAACUGGAAGCACAAAUAAUUCUGUACCUUUGAAAGUCAUAAUCCUCAUUUGAGUCAAACUAUGUUACUGAAAAUAACAGACUUCUGCGUUUAAAAUCUGGAAAUCACUUAAAGAACUAUAAUAGAAAGGCUUUGCUAGUAUAUCCUUUCUCUGUGUCAACAGUAACCUACAGUGAUUAGUCUAAAUAUAUACUAUAGAUACAAAACACUUUAGCUGGUAUACCUUAAGGCAAAGUACUUCAAGGGGGCUAAAUUAUUUUAAAGGCAAGUACAUCACAUUAAGCAACUUGUAGAUAACUAGGGUAUUCCAAAGCUACUACAACAUCUGCAUCUUUUAAAAUCUAUGCAGGAUAUUUUGGAAUGUGAAAAUAUGGGUAUAUUUUGAUGCUAUUAGAGGUCUCUGACACAUAAAAGAACAUCUAAUUCAGUAGUUGUUAGGUAAUCCAUACAUUUGGAUUGGGAAGUGCUACUGAAUUUUUUUUUUUACAUAUAUUGUAGUGAUUCAUGAUAAACAUUCUAAGUCUUUAUUUGUCAGAGUAUGUUAUCAAUACUACAGCAGGAGUGGUUCAGUGAAUUGACCUAUUUGUCUUGCAUAUUGGAUAGAAAUGACAGUUAAAACUAGUUAACAUCUAUGGUGGUAUUUUUGUCUGUGCUAAAGGAAUUUUAUAUUCUUUUUGCCUGAUACCUGCACUGUAAAAGAAACAAGACUCUGCUGGCUUCUUCCAAGAGGAUUCUUUUUUGGGGGGAGGGGGAAAGUUGUCAAAAGAGCUUACUAUUUUUUUUUUUUUUGCAAAGCCCCCACCCUUUAAAAAGCAAAUUUGAGACAAUACAGCUAAUAAUAUAAUCAUGUUAGUUCUGACCUAUAAUACUAAUCAAGAGACCUGGUUUCAAAGGUACUGAUUACUACUAACUCCCAUUGUCUUCAUCUCUCUCUUAAUUUUUUUUAAAAAAAUCUUAACCUUGUUUCUGUAUCAAAAUUGGGUAUCUUAAAAUAUUUGGGUGUUAGGUUUAGAUAUACUGGAGAUUAGGGCUGUUUUUUCAUUAUCUGUUCUGUCUUAAAUGAGGAAAAUACUUUCAAAGUCUCUAGUAUAUCAGUUUUUGUCUAUGGGAAGUAAUUCAGUAAUUGGUUCUAUCUCAUUUUGAUUUAAUCUCCCUGUAACAUGAAUAUAUUCACUGAAACAGACUUAAUAGCGAAGUUAAUACCUUGUUAUUAGUGAAGUGAAGUUGAGGAGAACAGCCCUCUGUUUAAUGCAAGAAGAACAAGGUAACAUUAAGUGGCUUUUUAUUGAAGGUUGCUAAUGUACAUUCACAAUUUAUUUUUGUAGAAAUAAGUAAAAGCUAGGCUUUCUGAAAAGUGACUGGCCUAAAAGUAGUAGUUCUGAACAGCAAAUGACUUGGAAUAUUUCCUAGUUUCUACUACACCACAGAUCAUAGUUAGAUGAGCUGGUUUGACAUAUAGGGAGGUAUAAAUAGCCAUGUAAAUCUAAACAUUCCAUUCCCCCAGUUACAGUUUGCUAUUUUAUAUUAUUGUUGUGACUGUGCAAAUUUUCCGUGUCCACCAAUGAAUUAAAAUGUUAAAGACUGUAAAGAGAACAUAAGCUGGUGAUCCAUAAGAAUAUAUACUACAGUACCAACCAGUUCAUUCUGAUGUUGGACCUGUGUCUCUGGAUAAACCUCAACUGAAGAUAGUUUGAUCAUCUAUGCUGUGAAGGAGACAAGGAGCUAGAUCAACAAUCAUUUUAUAGAAGAGCAAGUGGAUUACUAACUUUCAACUUUAAGCUUACUCCAACACGAUAAAGCUGUAAAACUUGUGUACAUACUGUAUAAUAUGAGUUUUACUAUUUGAUAAAAUGACCUUUUUCAGAAAUCUAUCUGCACUAUAGUCUAGCAAUCGAUCAGCUUUAUGCAGUGAUUAGUAGUGCUCAAGUACGUCUAUAAUGAAGACAGUAUGUUGUAACCCCCAAACUCUUCCCAGUAGUUAACUAGUGGUGUAAUUAAGUGAUUCAGAAGCGUUCUUCCCCUCACUCCCAUCCCAUCCAUUCAUUAUUCAUUGUCAUAGGAGAGUGUGUGUGCAGAGGCCACAAAAGAACUGUUUGGUUUGAUAUAUUCCUUAAUGCAUUUUUGAUGCUGAAGUGGUGAAAAUUUCAGUUGCUCCUUACCAACAUCCACCUUGUAUAGUAUGCAUAAUAAAUUCAUCUAAUUAGUUUUCAUCGCUCUGUAGAAGUUUGUCUGGUCUCUUACUGUGUUUACUUCCACAACUCAUUUAAUCUUUUAGCUUAAAAAGUCCCAAUAGAACUUGCUUUGCACUUCUAUGACUAGGCCUGUUUUUGUAGUGUAUGUCCAACUACAAAAAUAUAACAUACUUUAUUGUAACUACCUUUAUAUACAUCAGUACCUAUUUUUCUAAUAACAGUAUUAAAGCUUAUUGUUUGACUUU